UCGCUUAACUGGUUAAAAUUACAAUAUAUCUCGUUCGUACUCUAGGCAUGUUAAACAUUUAGUAUAAGUUGCUAAAUAAAACAAAUUGUGACAAAAACUAAGUACACGCUUGUUUGAGAUACCUAAAGAAGUUUUCCGAGUGACUUGUAUAUCAAAUUUUAGGAAAAUAUCUGAUUACAUUCUGGAUGUUGCGUUUUUUUGCAGUUAUAUAGUUAAUCAAUAAUCUACAUUUUUAAAUUUCUAUGGUAAGAAUUUGACAACUUUUUUGAUUUAUGGGCAGACUGUACAUUUACUAUUAUUAAAACAUCAAAUUUUGAAGUUUGAUUGAUUCUCGCCCUGUCAUUAAAAACCAUAUUAAAAUGAACCCGAAGAGGGAGAAGAUGUUUACAUCCGAGUUCAAUACAAAAUUUAUAAAUUUAAUCCAAUCGUCACCUGCAAUUUGGAACCACUUUGAUGACGGAUUCGGUGAUCGGGAAGUCAAAAGAGACAACUGGUACAAGAUCGGAGCGCAAUUGUUCGAAAACUGGGACGAGUUCGAGGAACAUGAAAAAAUUGAUUUAGUGUUUAAAAUGGAGGCGAGAUAUAUGGAAAUGCGGUACAUGUAUAUCCAAGUAUAUAAAGGGGUAAUGGAACCACAAUAUGAAUAUACCCAACAACUGAGUUUUUUGGACGAAGUUUUCGAAAAAAUAUUAUUUGACGAGGUUCUGAAGCAUGUGGAAGGCAUUCGCAGAGAUGAUUGGGUUCCUUUCCUGAAACACGUUCUUAAUUUCUUUAAAGUCACCGAUUCGUAAUCGAUGAUUUAAAGUUUACUAAUUAUUUUUCAGUAUCUUCAUUUUUUGUUUGUUAAAUGAAUAUUUCAGUUAGUUUUAGUUAGUCGUAGUGUG